AUAGGUUAGGUUUGUUUUUGUUUUAUUUGACAUCUUUGACAUGAAACAUGAUAUUAAGAAAUCAUUCAGUACAAUGGAUUUUCAUUACUAUAGUUUUCUUUACAUUACUUCAUUUAAAAUUGAAAGUAAUAAAUUUAGAAGAAAAUAAUAAAUUAUUAAAUGAAGCUGUAAUGCAAAUUAAUUCUGAAAAUAAGAAAGAAGUAAUUUCUUAUACACAAAUGUAUAGUAAGCUAUCUCAAAUAGAUGACACAAUUGUAAUAUAUAAUAGAGUACCAAAAACAGGUUCAACGAGUUUUGUUGGUGUAGUUUAUGACUUGUGUAAAAGCAACAAAUUUCAUACAUUACAUUUAAAUGUUACUAAUAACAUGCAUACUUUGACACUUGCUAAUCAGAUUAAAUUUAUACAUAACAUAACAGAAUGGAAUGUUUUAAAGCCUUCGUUUUAUCAUGGACAUAUAGCCUUCUUAAACUUUGAAAAAUUUGGCGCACAACACGUUCCAAUUUAUGUAAAUUUAUUAAGAAAACCUUUAGAUAGAUUUAUUUCCUAUUAUUAUUUCUUAAGAUAUGGUGACAAUUUUAGACCUCAUCUUAUAAGAAAAAAACAUGGCGAUAGAAAGAGUUUCGACGAAUGCGUGCUACUUCAACAAGCAGACUGUGAUCCUAAUAAUAUGUGGAUCCAAAUUCCUUUCUUGUGCGGACAUGAUCCAGCUUGUUGGGAGGUUGGUAAUAAAUGGGCUUUGGAUGAAGCGAAACGUAAUCUACAAAGACAUUAUUUAUUAGUUGGAGUGACGGAAGAAUUAGAGGAUUUCAUACAAAUACUUGAAUUUAUAUUGCCACGUUUUUUUAAAGGAGGACACGAUAUAUUUUUACACAAUAAUAAAUCACAUUUGAGACAAACUACACAAAAAAUUGAGCCACAACCAGAAACUGUAGAGAAAAUAAAAAAAUCUAUAGUAUGGAAAAUGGAAAAUGAUUUAUAUAAUUUUGCUCUGGCUUACUUCCAUAAUAUUAAAAAGAGACUCCUUAAUGCUUCCAUCCAAGAUGCAAACCAACAAUUUAUGUAUGAAAAAAUUCGACCGAAAUAAAUUACAUUUAAGUUAUUUU